GCGCUGACGGGUCGCGGGCGGAUACGCGGCUCGGGCGGACACGCGGCUUUCGGUGCCUUCCCGGUUUCCCUGCUCCCGGCCUCGGGUCUUCCCCUCCGCCAUGGCUCCCAAAGGCGGCUCCAAGCAGCAGUCCGAGGAGGACCUGCUCCUCCAGGAUUUCAGCCGCAACCUGUCGGCCAAGUCGUCGGCGCUGUUCUUCGGGAACGCGUUCAUCGUGUCCGCCAUCCCCAUCUGGUUGUACUGGAGAAUAUGGCAUAUGGAUCUCAUCCAGUCUGCUCUUCUCUACAGUGUGAUGACGUUAGUAAGCACUUACUUGGUAGCGUUUGCCUAUAAGAACGUAAAAUUUGUCCUCAAGCACAAAGUAGCACAGAAGAGGGAGGAUGCUGUUUCCAAAGAAGUGACUCGAAAACUUUCUGAAGCUGAUAAUAGAAAGAUGUCUCGGAAGGAGAAAGAUGAAAGAAUCUUGUGGAAGAAGAAUGAAGUUGCUGAUUAUGAAGCCACAACAUUCUCCAUCUUCUAUAACAACACUCUGUUCCUGGUUUUGGUCAUUGUCGCUUCCUUCUUUAUACUGAAGAACUUCAACCCCACAGUGAACUACAUUUUGUCCAUAAGUGCUUCAUCUGGACUCAUCGCCCUCCUGUCUACAGGCUCCAAGUAGACCGUGGAGCUUGGCCCCUGCCUUUGUAUCUAGGGGUGGCCUGUGGUAUAUGGAAAAGUAUCAGGGUGGCCAAGUUGGAAGACACAUAAGAUAUUUUUAUAGUCUGGAGUUUGAGAGUUUAAAAAUGCAGUAGAAUGUAAUUCAGGGUUUGUUUAUUGGCUCUCUUUGACAGAUUGUUGAAAUUAAAUGAAUUGAAAGGGAAACUCAAGAGUACCAGGACAUUUAUUAAAAGACAAGAAGUCUUGUGAUGUGCUCUAAUCAUAAGAGGAGAAAAUAACUUGUUUCCUACAUCUGUCAGAGGUCAUGGUGACCUGGCCUGAGCUGUUAUUAUUUAUAAUAGGAGGAAGAAGUUAAUAACUGGUUCUCUGUGUUCCAAGCACAAUAUUAUAACUUUGUGAACUGUAAAUCUUAGAGUGACUCCUUUUCCCAAGUGAUUAAACAGAAGCCUCAUUUUUUUUUUAACAAGUGUCCAGAUUUGUAAUUUGUAAUAACUCAAAGUUAAAACAUGGCCUUUCCAUUUUGAGGGAAAGAAACUUUAAGGUUUUUUUUUUUUUUUUUUUUUUUUUAAAGGAAAGGCAGCCAAGGUAGUAACCUAAAAAUAGUUGCCAGGCCUAUGAGUGUUGGCCUGUGCGGCUGAAGCACACACUGUUCAGCUGUAUGGCUUUGGCCCUGGGCGGCCAGGGAGGUCAGCUUGACCCUGCCAUGUUGGUUUGAUGUGUGAAGUCACUGGAAUCAUUGUUUUCUGUGACCAGGCUCUCCACACCACAAGUAGAAUAUUAAGUGAGAGAGCACUUCUUUCCUGAUUAUUGACACAUGAGAGACCAAAAGAAUUUUUGUGAACUCAGCCCUGGAGUUCUGUGAAGUCUCCAAGGAAUUUACAGUGGCUUAAGAGGGUUGUCAGCAUUUUUCUAUGAGGACUUUAAUAAAUUUGGCCCUUUUUGCCCAGUGUUCCCUUCAGUUGUAAAAAUACUGAUCACAUUGGUCUUUUGGGGUCUACCUAAGAGCAUCCUCUCAUUGGGUUGUCAUCCCCCCUUUCUCCGCAGUAUGUGCAGGUUCUGUGUGUGCUAUGACUUCCCAGUUAGGAAAAUUUAUAGUUAGGAUCACUGAUUCCAUAUUCCUAUUUCACCAUACUGUGGAACUUUUAUAAACAGCACCUCAAAGGGGAAUGUUGCUAAUAUUUAGUUUCUACUUGUAAACUUAAGAGGAACAUAUGAUUCUAUUCUGACUAUAAAGAUGUGUUCACGGGAGUAGAGCUUCUUCUGUGCUGGUAGAUGGUUCAGUGGUCUCCAGUAAGAACAUAGGGAAGACAGGAGGAGUUUGUACAGUGACCUUACUACUUACUGUUGCAACUGAGAGUCAGUUGAGAAUUCAGUUCUGUCCUGCAGUGCAUUGGUGUCUGAGUGCUGUUGCCACGUAAUGAGGAAUGAAUACAGAAAUGAGAAGAGAUUCAAUGCAAGCACAUUGUAUAACACGUGAGGUUGGGUGUUUUGUUGUUUUGCUCGUAAUAGCUUAUGUACCAGUGCAUUUACCUAAUAAAAUGGUAAUUUGACACACCAUCACAUUGUCUGUGAACUGGCCACUAGGUGGCGGUGCCUGUGUAGAUGGGGAGAAAGUCGCCUCCAUUAUUGCAGAGUAUGGUCAGAAGCUCAAGAUUAGUGAAGUAGGGAUGCCAGCCUCAAGUUCUUAAUUUUAAUUUUAAUUAGUAACCAAAAACUUAGAUUAUGUAGCUUUCUUCUGUCUUGAAUGUUUCCUACAGCCGUUUGAUUUUAAUUCUGUGGUUGUCCUCUAACUGUGCUACCAGAUACAGUUCUGUGCAUGAGGUCGUAUAGCCAGGCCAUCAGCUCCCUUUGAGGAGUUAAUGUAUCAGUCCUUUACACUUGGAAGUGUGACCCUGUUCUCUAACCUCUCCACCAUAGAAAUGUUGCAGAUAGAAUUACCGAGUGCUGAGUAAGACACAGACAGUAAAUUCCUGUGCAGAGUUUUUACCUUAAAAGGACCCCGUACACCACGCUAGUAAAAUAGGACAUUCAUUCAUUUUUUUUUCUAUAUGUGUGAUAUGUAGAAUCUUAGUGUUAAGCAUUUUUUUUCUUGAUUUACUCACUUAUCGCUUAAUAGAAGUCUUAGGUUUAAAUUUACAACUUGUCCUGUUUGGUAUAUUAAAGCAUAAUUUGAAUCAAGAAUUGAAGUUAAUUGGAAUAAUGGAAGUUGAAAUUUAUACUCAUUAUAUAAGCAUUCUUAAGAAAAGUCUUGUUUUUAACAAGUAUGAUUAAACUUUGUUUUUAAAAAUGUG